UCGAGAUACUAGAUUUCAAUUGGAGAAACUAGACUUUCGAUCUAGAUGUUUGUUGGUACUAGUGCACCUUGCAGUUUUUUGACAGGUAUAUGUCAAAAAUUUGUAAUAGAAUAUUAUUUGUGCAACCAAUAAGUUUGAUCACCGGAUUAAUAAAAGUUACCCGUAAUUUAAGUAUGUUUAGUACAAAGAUUCUUAAGCCAACAGCUAUCCGGCAUCUCCGUCUCAUGUCACAAUUAGGUGAUCUAGGAAGUGGUGCCGGUAAAGGAGGUGGCGGUGGAGGAACUAUUAGAGAAGCCGGCGGUGCCUUUGGCAAACAAGAAGCUGCUCGCGAGGAAGAGUACUUCUAUAAACAGCAAAAGGAACAAUUACAAAAGCUUAAAGCUGACCUGAAGGAUGAAAUAAGUUUCCACGAAGAGCAGAUUAAAAGACAUCAAGAAGCUAUUUCCCGUCAUAAGAACAGAGUUACUGAGUUAGACAAGAAGGAAUAAUUGUUCAUGUUCUUUUUGAAAAUAUGAUAGUUUCUGUUAUAUGAAUUCAAUAUAUUUUUAAGGUUUAGUUAGUAUGUCCUUUAUUUCUUUUAAUUGAAGAUUUUGUGAAUUCUUUUUGUAAACUAAACUAAACAAGUUGAAGCUGAUACUGUGAAAAAUACUGAAAUAAACUUGAGAAUCUGCA